AUGACUGGAAUUACUCUAAUUGUUGUUGUUACUUUGAACUUCAACGUUAAUUACAAGCAUAAUAAACGUAUCAAGCACUUUAUAUUAAAAUGGGAAUUGUUUCUCAAAGACAAAAUACCUUCAGAAUAUGCACUUGAGCACUCGUUAAACAACAGCAAUUCAAAUAAGCGUAAGACAAAUGAAUAUAACCUAACAUUGAAUAAAAAUAAUUCCAAACCUAGUGUGCUUUUGAAAGAAAGAUCAGAAAACCACGUUAAUAGCCAAAUUCAUGUGUUUUUAAAUACCCCGUAUAUGUCCCAGAAGAAAGAUCAUCAACUCAGAUGGUUGCACAACACGAAUGAAAGUCAUUCACAUGAUUUAAUCAUAAAUAAACCCAACUUAUGUGGUCCAAAUCACGGAUCAUCUGUUCUUUUGUUGGUGCUCGUGGUAACCAGUCCACUUAACGUAGAUGCUAGAAAAGCCAUUCGAGAUACGUGGGGAAAAGAUCUAAAGACCAAAGGUGCCAAAUUAGCAUUUCUGUUGGGUAUACCAAAAACGAAAAGUCUCCAACGGAAGCUCCAAGAGGAGGACUUUAUCUAUAAAGACCUCAUCCAGGGGAACUUUUUAGAUACCUACUUAAAUCUCUCGACCAAAACCCUUGUUUUAAUCAGAUGGGCUUCUCUAUACUGCCCACUGGUCAAAUUUAUUCUCAAAUCUGAUGAUGACGUGUUCAUCAACAGUAAAACAUUACUCCAGGUUAUAAACACGCGAAACGAUUCUCACACUCUCUUAGGGCUACUGGCCCACAAAUGGUCACCCCACAGGAAUAAAAAUAGCAAGUGGUAUGUACCUCCAGAGAUUUAUCCCCAAGACUACUACCCAGAUUUUAUAGCUGGUCCAGCUUACCUUAUUACUGGAGACUCUACAGCGUUGCUUUACGCAGCAAGGGAGGAAACACCACAUAUCUACUUAGAAGACGUCUAUGUGACUGGAUUACUUGCAGAGAAGGCUGGAGUCCGCCGCCUAGGUCUCUCAGGGAUGAGUAAUGACCGCCAGUUUUUCACAAAUAUUAGUUCUCUUAUGUUAAUAAAUAGCCACGGACAUAACCCUCAGUCGCUUCGCAACUUGUGGAAAUGGUUUAAUCUGCUAGACAAGAAAAGAAUAUUCAAUAAACAUUUAAUGUAA